GGCGUGUCACUCAGGGUCCAUACCGGCUUCCGUAGGCUGUCGUGGCGUGAAAACCUAGGCUAAUAGUUAGCGAAGAUAUCAGAAGUAUAGCCGGAUUUCUCUUCUGUCUAUAAUAGAUUGUGUGUAAAGAGUGAACGCGGUGUUUUAAGCAGUUAGGUGAGGUGAUUGUAGGAAAAACACAGGUGAAGAUUUGACGGUAAAAUGAGGCGUGCAGGUUUGGGUGAAGGAGCGCCGCAGGGGAAUUAUGUGGCCAGCGGUUACAGCGUUUACGAGGAGGAGAACGAACAUUUACAAGAAGGUCUUAGAGCCAAAGUAGACGCACUGAAACAUCUUUCAAUUGACAUCGGGACUGAAGUCAAAUACCAAAAUAAAAUGUUAUCAGACAUGGACUCGGACUUUGACUCAACUGGCGGUUUCUUGGGAGCCACCAUGGGCAGACUGAAGUCGUUGUCCAGAGGAAGUCAAACCAAAAUCUACUGCUACAUGCUACUUUUUGCUCUCUUUGUAUUCACUGUUCUUUACUGGGUGAUCAAACUGAGGUGAUGGAAAGACUAAUGACUGACUGCUUUCUUGACAGCCUCUACCCUGUGUGCCAUGCUCCUCUGCAUCAGACAAACCGAACGAAUCAGGCCAGUGAUGCCUUUGAAAUGAUUAACAAAGAGUAUCUGAUGUGUUCAAUAUUUCACUCAAAAGUUAUGCAAAAUCAGGGACAGAUCUUAUUAGUAUUCCUCACUGUAAUAGGUUGGUAAUUUUAGGAUGUAAAUGGUUGUAUUAUCAGUAUUCAAUGUGAGAUAUAAAAGGCUUUAAGGCAAUGCCAAUAUAUCAUUCUAGAUAUGCAGCUGUUUCCUAGGAUUAAUCAUACUAUCCCAGAAUGUUUUUUUCCACAGUUCAAUGCAUGCAUCAUAUGAGGAAGUAAUCGACUGCUUUUUAUAUAGACUCUCCGAAACAAAGAUGUUAGUUUCUAUGAAUACACAGAUCCAGGCUGUGCUGCAGGUCAGAGAACAGAAAAACAGUGAGAAAAACAUUGUCUAUUUUGUCAAGCUAAUUGUUCAUCAAGCUUCUUGGUGUAAACAACUUAUUAAGCUGGCCUCCUGGUCAGCAUGUCCUUUCAGAAUAAUUGUGACAACACUGUAGUGAAUGCACAAUAGCUCUAAAUGAUAGGGAGGUCAUGGUCUGCCCCUGUUCAAGGAAAUGUGUAAACAUUAAAAAUGUUUUCUGAGGGGGAAAAUCAACAGUGAUAAACAAUGAGAAAUGUAAUCUUUUCUAACCUUAAGAUUUUAAUCCUUUUUCCGUUGACUUGUAAGUUGAGGUUUAAUUUAAGAAUGAAUUCUGAAUAUACAGAAGAUAUCUUAAGCUUAACAGCUCUGGACUAAAAAUGAAAUGGAUUUCUCACAAUUGUGAUUUGUAUGUAAGAGAAAAUAUCUAAUAAUGUUUAACAAUAUACAACAAUAAAAUGUUGAAAGUCA